CGGGCCCUCCUCCUCCUCCUUCCCCUGAGGGCCCCAGCAACACUGGAGAGGGACGGGGCGGGCAGCGUGGAACUGGAGUUGGAAUCAGAGCCCGGAGCCCGGGAGGCCACGUUCAGUGGGGCGUCGGUGAGGGGUAUCGGAGAGGUCUCUUUCGGCCAGAAUGGGAGAGUGAGUGAACCUCAGCCUCCGAGCUCCAGCUCUCCCUCUCCGGACAGGCGGACACCCAGAAGGGACCCGCUCCAGAGGCGCUCCGGACCCCCCAGGAGUCAGUGUCUGGUCCUCGACGGUCACUGGACUAAACAACCUGGGCUCUUAGAGGGCAGGAGCGCCCAAUGAGCUUGUCUUUACCUGCCUGCUCCCGGGAGUGGUGUCAGCCUAAGCUCUGGUGCUCCGAGGAACUAGGCGUUAAGGGGAUCCCCGCCUCUUCCAAGUGACCCUCCGCGGGAGCCCCCAGUUAUUCUCCUAGAGGUGACAUCCCGCCCCCCGGUCCUCUGCCCGCUGGAUUGAUCAUGUCGGUGUUUGGCAAACCCCGGGCUGGGAGCCUGGGUCCGGAGCGCCUGAUACACAGUUCGAUCCCGGAGGUUAACGUGGCCAUCCUGGGCUGCAGAGGAGCCGGGAAAUCUGCUUUGACUGUGAAGUUUCUGACCAAGCGGUUUAUCAGUGAAUAUGAUCCUAACUUGGAAGACACCUAUACCUCAGAGGAGACCGUGGACCAACAGCCCAUCUUGCUGAAGGUGAUGGACACGGCAGAUCAGGACGUUCCCAGAAACUGUAAGCGCUACCUGAGCUGGGCGCAAGCCUUCCUCGUGGUCUAUGGUAUUGAUGACAGGAGGAACUUUGAGGGCUGUAGCCAAUACCUGGAGAUCAUCGCCCACCAUGCAAAGGAGACCCAGCAUGACUACCCAGUGCUGCUUCUGGGGAACAAGCUGGACAUGGCCCAGUACCGGCAGGUCGCCAAGUCAGAGGGCAUGACUCUGGCUAGCAAGUUUGGUUGCCUGUUCUACGAGGUCUCUGCCUGUCUGGAUUUCGAGGCCGUGCAGCAUGUGUUCCAUGAAGCCAUCCGGGAAGUCCGGAGGGAGCAGGAGAAGAAUAUGCCUAGCCGGCCCCUCUUCAUCUCCGAGGAAAGGUCCAUUUUCCAUCAGGCCCCCCUCACUGCCAAGCACGGCCUGCCUAGCUGCACCUUCAACACCCUCUCCACUGUCAACUACAAGGAGAUGCCCACCGUGGCUCAGGCCAAGCUGGUGACUGUCAAGUCAUCCCGGGCCCAGAGCAAGCGCAAGGCUCCCACCUUGACCCUACUAAAAGGCUUCAAGAUCUUCUGAAACACUGGCCCUCCCCACCCACUCACGCCUCCUGGAACAACUGUGUGAAAGGCAGAAUGGGGCUGUGGGAGAGGGAGUCCUGGGGACAACUAAUAGAACUGUUCCCAUCACUUUGGCCUCUCAAGAUAAGGGGCUGAGCCCUUUCAGGCAGAUUAUCCCCCAGCUGACUGGUUCCCACUCGGAUUCCCAACCCCUUCCAAUUCACUUCUGGAAUGAGAGUUCCAGGGUUGUUGGCUCUAUGUUAGUGGUGCUUGCCUGGGGCAGCUCUUCACAAAAGAGUUGGUCAGAGUCCCUUGUGCCAGAAGGCAAAGUGAGUGUGAGUGUGUGUGUGUAAGAAAGAGAGAGGAAAUGAGGAAGUGAGAGAAUGAGAUAAUGAAUGAGAAUAAGAGAGUGAGAGAAAUAAUGAGAGAAAAGGAGUGAGAGAAUGAGAGAAAAGGGGUGAUGGAAUGAGAAAAUGAGAGAAAGAAUAAAAGAAUGAGUGAGUGAGAAUGAGAGAACACAAGAGAGAGAAUGAGGAGAGGGAGAAUGAGAGAGGAGAGAGAAUAAGAGAAUGAGAGUGACAGAAUGAGUGAGAGAGAAUGAGAAAGGAGAGAGAAUAAGAGAAUGAGAGUCACAGAAUGAGUGAGGGAGAAUGAGAGAGGAGAGAGAAUAAGAGAAUGAGAGUGACAGAAUGAGUGAGGAAGAAUAAGAGAGGAGAGAGAAUAAGAGAAUGAGAGAGUGACAGAAUGAAUGAGGGAGAAUGAGAGAGGAGAGAGAAUAAGAGAAUGAGAGUGACAGAAUGAGUGAGGGAGAAUGAGAGAGGAGAGAGAAUAAGAGAAUGAGAGUGACAGAAUGAGUGAGGAAGAAUAAGAGAGGAGAGAGAAUAAGAGAAUGAGAGAGUGACAGAAUGAAUGAGGGAGAAUGAGAGAGGAGAGAGAAUAAGAGAAUGAGAGUGACAGAAUGAGUGAGAUAGAAUGAGAGAGGAGAGAGAAUAAGAGAAUGAGAGUGACAGAAUGGGUGAGGAAGAAUGAGAAAGGAGAGAGAAUAAGAGAAUGAGAGAGUGACAGAAUUAGUGAGGGAGAAUGAGAGAGGAGAGAGAAAAAGAGAAUGAGAGUGGCAAAAUGAGUGAGAGAGAAUGAGAGAGGAGAGAGAAUAAGAGAAUGAGAGUGACAGAAUGAGUAAGGGAGAAUGAGAGAGGAGAGAGAAUAAGAGAAUGAGAGAGUGACAGAAUGAGUGAGAGAGAAUGAGAGAGGAGAGAGAGAAUGAGAGUGACAGAAUGAGUGAGAGAGAAUGAGAGGAGAGAGAGAAUAAGAGAAUGAGAGAGAAUGAGAGGAGAGAGAGAAUGAGAGAAUGAGAGUGACAAUGAGUGAGAGAGAAUGAGAGAGGAGAGAGAGAAUAAGAGAAUGAGAGAGUGACAGAAUGAGUGAGAAUGAGAAGAGAGAGAAGGGGGGGGGGGGCAGAGGGAGAGAGAUCUCAUUCCUGCAAUCCAUGAGAUUCCAGUCUCCAAGGUGAUGGAAGCAGCUGUGACCUUGAGCUGUGAGCCCGCGGAAGGCAAGGGCAGGUUCCGAGACAAACACACAAGUGAAACUUGAGGAAUUUCUGCCUUUGAGGCCGAGUUCAAAGUCUCCAUACCUUUCUCCCAGCUGCCCUCACUCCCCCACCCCCCACUUCCUGCCUCCCUCCCUCGCUCCCUAUCUUUCUUCAGGACAAUCCCUGAAACACAACCGGAGCUGCGCGUUUGCUUCCAAGUAAAUCGUUCUGGUUAUCGACCUUUGGGCGAAACUUGGAGCUCGGAGCUCGGAGCUAGGUUCCUGAGAGCGCAGAGACCCCUGGUGGAGAGGAGGAGAACAGCAGUUGUCAAGUCCAGCAGCUUUGGGGAUGGGUCGGAAUCUGCACACCGCUCAGUACUCAUGGCCCAUACCCACGGAGGGCCAGAGACCAAACAGGACGGUGCGUAGCACAUAGUAGGGGCUUGACUGAAACACAACGUCUGCCCCAUCAUUUUGGGUUAAAACAGACUUUUUUUUAAACCCCUCACCUUCCAUCUUGGAAUCAUUACUGUGUAUUGGUUCCAAGGCAGAAGAGUGGAAAGGGCUAGGCAAUGGGAGUUAAGUGACUUGGCCAGGUCACACAGCUAGGAAAUAUCUGAGGUCAAAUUUGAACCCAGGACCUUCUGCCUCAAGGCCUGGCUCUGAAUCCACUGAGCUACCCAGCUGCCCCCUAAAACAGACUUUCAAAGAAUGGCUUGGAAAGAAAAUAAUACAGUUCAUGGUGAUAACGUGCAAUCUAAGGAAAUGUGGAAGAAGAAAGAGCUUUCCAUUAAAAAAAAAACAAAAAAAAAACAAACAAAAAACUCUUACCUUCUGACUUAGAAUCAAUACUAGGUAUCUGUUCCAAAGCAGAAGAGCAGUAAGGACUAAGCAAUUGGGGUUGUGGCUUGCCCAGGGUCACACAGCUAGGAAAUGUCUAAGGUCACAUCUCCAGUUCUGGCUCUCUAUCCACUGAUCCACCUAGCUGCCCCAAGAGCCUUCAUUUUUGCUUAGGUGAUGGUAAGAGAAUUUACAGAUUGAUUGGAUAUGGAUAUCUGAAGCUCUUCUUUUUGUUGUUGGUUUUUUAUUUGUUUUUGUUUAGCAUUCAUUUCUAAAGCUACCCCAAUUUUUUCCAUCCUUCAGUCACUUAACAGAUCCCAAAGAGGAUCUUCCAACAUCCUUACUCAGGAUACAGUCUCCUACUGAAGUCAGGCUAACAAUUGGGAGGAAAAAAACAAAACCUUAAGGGAAAUAACACCCAGAACUAAAAAUAAUAUACAUUGAUGACCCACAGAGCAAACACCAUUCAAAGUACCAUUACGAAAACUGGUUUAGAUUAAGAAAUGCAUUAUGUGAAAUCAUAGAUAUGCUUAGGCAGAACUCUGAUCCUUAAAACAUACUUUGUCAAUAAAACUAUUAUUUUUCCAUAAGUUUUUUGGCAUUGCCUCUAUAGCUUAAGGACAGUAUGAAAGAGACUCGUGAGGAAUGUGCGUCCUCAGGGUCAGGCCACUUUUGGCUGUGCCUCUCUGUACAUACAGUUCAUUGCAGUUUGGUUCACAUCUGUGUGCAUUUAACUAUUUGAAUACAUAUGCAAGUUUGGUAAACGCUUCUGGAAACAUUUUAAUAAAGAAUUCUUAAAGAAACAUAA